UGGGCGCGGCCCUUGAUAAAAUAAGGGGAUAAUCAAGAAAUUGAGAUGGGGAAAAUGAAUGAUGUGAAGAAAUUGUUGGAGAAAGAAGGAGGGGAUUAUGAAAGGGGAGUGGAUUCGAUGCCUUGGAGAUUCAUUGAACCGUUUGUGUCACAUGGGCUGAAGGUGGAGCUUGUUGAGCCGGGUCGGGUCGUGUGCUCUUUCAAAGUGCCAGCUCGUCUAGUGAAUUCGGGUAAUUUCCUACAUGGGGGAGCGACGGCGGCACUGGUGGAUAUAUUGGGUUCAGCUGUAAUUCAUACAGUUGGCACCCCACUCACUGGUGUCUCUCUUGAGAUCAAUGUUUCCUACUUGGAUGCUGCUUUUCUCGGUGAGGAAAUCGAAGUUGAAGCCAAAGUAUUACGUGUUGGGAAGGCAAUCGCUGCUGUCACUGUUGACUUGAGGAAGAAAGAGACGGGGAAGAUAGUUGCACAUGGUCGCCAUACGAAGUAUUUGCCUGUCAAUAGUAAGCUUUGAGCUACAUAUACUUUUGUAGCUCACAGACAUAUGCUGGCCUUUCCAGUAGGCUGCCACCAAUGAUUCCCAUAUAAGGGACGUGCAUCCAUAAGUAAUUUCGGCAUGUAUUGUGCAAACUGACAUUCAAGUACAGAAUCAUUUUUAUCGCGACGUGAAGUUAAUUACAAAUCAAACCCUUUACCGCUUUUGUGAGUAAGUUCAGUUACAUUAAUGUGACAAAUGACAUUUUACCUUGUAUUACAAAAGUUUGCUUUUUUGCUUUUA